GGGACCCCUUCCCCCCUCACCCGCUCUUCUCUUGCGUACAGCGCUCAGCCAAGCAGCUCCUCGGGUCCUCCCAAAGUCCUGCUGCUGCUGUACUGACUGCUGUAGGAAGGACACAAUGUCUAAGAAGCUCUCCUUGCCUCCUCUGCCUGCAUCCUCCUCUUGUUCUGCUGAGAAUGGCAGAAAUACUGAAUGCUCCACCAGGCAGCAUCCUGCUUCAAGUGCUCCUGCCAAUAAGCUGAGGGAAAGACUCGUCUGUUCAGCUCCAAAGGCAUCAGUGCCAAAUCCUCAGGCUCUUAGAUUUGUACAUAACACAAAGGCGCAAGAAAGAACAAGAAAGAGGCAGCAGCCCAUAAAACUGGAACCUUUGCCUGUGCUUAAGGUGUAUCAGCAUAAUAAACAACCUGAAUACAUCUAUCAGAAGAAUAGAGAGCAUUUAUUAGCUUGUGGAUUACUACAGCCUUCAGCAGAUAAAAGAAAAUGGGCUACACCUGUGGCAUCUUUGACUCCUUUAGCUGAGCUUCCAGAGGAUUUCAGAGAAAAGCAGGUACAGUUGCAAACUACCAGUAGAGUGCUAAUGCCUACUCCUCCCAAACAGCCUCGGACUACUCUAAAACCAACUGCCUGUAAAUCCUCCUCCCCUUCACCUUCUUGUGCUUAUGAGGAUAUAGAAGAUGUAAUUAAAGCCAACAUCACUGAUCCUCUGGAAAUUAUUAAAAUCAUAUGUGAAAACAAAAAUCUUGGAUUCCUUUACAUGACCCCUGCAGUACCUAGGUCCUCAGUUGAAUAUGAUGUAUUUAACUUGAAAAUUGUCAGUUACGACUGCAUCAACAAGAACGAUUAUUACACUAUUAGCCAGAAAGCAGUUAUCCACACAUGCAACGGAGAAGUUGAAUUCUUGCCACUAGAUCGCUGGGAACAAGAAUAUUUAUAUCACAAAACAUUUACCAAGAUUCCUAUAUUUGCUAUCUUUUGCAAACUGAAGUCAUUUACUGAGUGGAGGAAAAAUGUCUGCUCCAAGAAAAUCCGUGGAUGCCGUAAAGCUCUGCAAGAGAACUUGUUCAUCCUUAAUGCUUCCUUGCGACCUGCUGUGCUUAAUGUCCAGGAAAUGUGCUACCGAAUCAGUGACAUGGGACUUUGUCGUAUUGAGAAAGGUUACACAUACACUCUAGAGGAAUUUAGAAAUGUUCAGUUCAAACAGUUGAAUGAGGUGGCCAGCCGUCUGUCAGAAUUCAGAGAGCUAGCAAAGGAAGUUGUCAGAAGUGCAUGUCGAACUGCCCUGCUUGAAUUUGGAUUCACCCCUGAUGAUUAUUCUUAUAGAAGACAGAGUGCAGACCAGAUUUCUGUGGCAACUGGAUUAGCAACUUCAACUACGCUUAGUCUUCCUCAUUUUGAAAGAGAAUUAUAUGGCGAAUCGACUGACAAAAUGACCUACACAGAACAGGCCAGCAAAAGGUCUCAUUGUAGAAGGCUAACCUGCUUUAUCCGUCUUGCUGACUACCUAAUAGUGAAUACAAUGCAUGUCCUGGCAGUAAAGUCAGUUAUUUCCCUUUUGAACUACCUCACUGAAAAAUUAAAAAGAACACCUGCUGCACAUGUCAUACAGAAAUGGAACACAGAGUUAAAAAAUGAAGUCUCUGAGAAGAAGGCUGCUCCUGGGAUCGGAGGGCAGGAUGAAGAAGAAGCAUAUCUUCCCAUGUUUCUCACAGAGUUAAUUCUGGAGAUCAGUGCAUUGUUGUUUGCACCAUCUUUGGAUGACUUCCAGCAGGAUGGUAUUGCAGAUAUUGUACAUCAGUUCCAGGAAACUCUGUUGUCUGUCGCUAAUCUUGUACCCGAUCGAUACUUUGAUGCCUUUACUCAGCCUGUCAUUAAUAACAUUAUUGAAGAAAAGACGUGUGGUGAAGGGCCGAGCUUAUCAACCAUGUUUAAAGAUGAUAGGCAUUUGCAGACUAUCAUCCAGCAAAUAAAGGAAACUGUUCAUUCAGCAUUUGAGGCAGCCAACUUAUAUGCAGAUACUUUUGAAAGGUUUCGAUUAUUUUUCAAAGAAAAUGAAAGUCUUGACUUGGAAGCGCUGAAACAGCAAGAACAUGGUGUUGAUUUCUUUGCUGAACAACUGGAGAAAUAUCACAGAGAACAUAAAGAUGCUUUGGCUAUAAAGCAGCAGAGAAAUUUAGGUUUGUUGCUCAUAGAUGCUAAAAAAUUAAAAGAAAAACUAAUUCCAUCACCAGUGCGCUGUUUGGAGGUCAUUAAUGAUAUGCUUCCUGUUAUUGGAAAGAAAAAGGUGGCUGCCAUUAUAGCUGAAGCACAAGAUGCCAAAUUUAAACUCGAGUUUCUCCCCUCCACAACUACAGAAUAUGUUAAUAGCUUGAUAUUUCUUGAUGAAAUACAGGAAAGAAUUGAAAACCUUGAAGAAGAAGCAAAUGUGGUAACACAGAUGUAUCAGCUUAUUGAACAGUACCAAGUCCCUGCACCUCCUGAAGAUUUUGCUCUUUUUGCAACUCUGAAACCAUCAAUUGUUGCAGUUCGCAAUGCUAUUGACAGAGCUGUGGGUGAAAGAGAUACCAGCAUUACUCAGUUUUGUCAGCAUUUAGAUCAGGAUGUUUUAGAGCUAAAUGAAGAAGUAAAAGAAGUGAAACAGCAAGCUCAGGAUCCACAGAUUUUGGAUAUCGCAGCUGACCAAGACAAAGUAAACCAAAUUCUUACAGACUUACAGAACAUUCUGGAUGAGCUACAGAGACGUGCAUUCCAGUAUAAAUCCUACCAGAAGAAUUUUAAGGUAGAAGUUGCAAAAUUUGAUGCUUUGGAAGAAGUUUGUGCAGAACUGAAACUCAAACAGUUGCUUUGGGAUUCUCUUUCUCAAUGGGAAAUACUCCACACAGAAUGGAUGGAGUCUAAGUUUGAUAGCCUGGAUCCAGAACUCCUGAAUUCUCAAGUUUCUAAAUAUGCCAAAUUUGUAAAUCAGUUGGAAAAAGGUUUACCACCUAAUAAUAUAGUGCCACAACUCAAAGAGAAGGUAGAAAACAUGAAAGACAAGGUCCCAGUCAUCACAGACCUAAGAAACCCCUUUUUGAAACCAAGACACUGGACACUUCUGGAGCAAGUAGUUAAUGCAACGCUUUUUGAUCUGGAAAAUCCAUUAUCUUUGGCAAGACUUGUUGAACUCAGUAUAUUUGACUUUGCUCAGGAAAUUCAGGAUGUUUCUGGGCAAGCAUCUGGAGAAGCUUCUUUAGAAACAAUGCUCAAGAAGGUGGAAGAUGCUUGGAAAACUACUGAAUUCAUUGUUCUUCCACAUCGUGAUUCUAAAGACGUUUUCAUCCUUGGUGGCACAGAUGACCUGCAAGUCUUGCUUGAUGACAGCACUAUUACCGUAGCAACUAUCGCCUCCUCAAGAUACAUGGGUCCUCUCAAAGCACGGGUAGAUGAAUGGCAAAAACAGUUGUCUUUAUUCAGUCAAACUCUGGAAGAAUGGCUGAAUUGUCAGAGAAACUGGCUGUACUUAGAAAGUAUUUUUAGUGCUCCUGAUAUUCAAAGGCAACUACCUGGUGAAGCUAAGAUGUUUUUACAGGUGGAUAAAUCCUGGAAAGAAAUUAUGAGAAAAGUUAAUCGUCUGCCAAAUGCUCUUCGUGCUGCUACUCAACCUGGUCUCUUAGAGACUUUCCAGAAUAACAAUGGACUACUUGAUCAAAUUCAGAAGUGUCUAGAGGCUUAUUUGGAGUCCAAGAGAGUUAUCUUCCCCAGAUUUUACUUUUUAUCAAAUGAUGAGCUCCUGGAAAUUUUGGCCCAGACUCGCAAUCCUCAAGCCGUUCAGCCUCAUUUAAGGAAAUGCUUUGAUUCAAUCAUUAAGCUAGAGUUUGCCCUGAUGAUGCCAGCAGAGGGAGAACAGGAAAAGGUUUUUACUAAUGAUAUUUUAGCAAUGUUGUCCCCAGAGGGGGAAAGGGUUAGUUUAGGGAAGGGACUCAAAGCCAGAGGGAAUGUAGAAGACUGGCUUGGUAAAGUAGAAGAAGCAAUGUUCACUUCUCUUAGACGUCUAACUAAAGCUGCCAUUGCUGAUUAUCAAGCCAGAGUUAGAAUGGAAUGGGUUGUUGCUGGACACCCAUCUCAGGUUAUACUGACCGUUUCUCAACUCAUGUGGUGCCGUGAUCUAACCCAGUGCCUAGAAGGGGAGGAUUAUGAUCGCUUACAAACUCUGACAGAGUUUGAGAAAAUAAACUUUGAUAGAUUAAAUGCACUGGCAGGAUUAGUCCGUGGUAGUCUUCCUAAAUUACACAGAAAUAUAGUAACAGCACUGAUAACUAUUGAUGUACAUGCAAGAGACAUUGUUAGUGAACUUGUUACAGAAAAGGUGAAUUCUGUUGACAGUUUUGAAUGGCAAAGACAGCUACGUUAUUACUGGGACUUGGAUCUAGAUAACUGCGUUGCUAGGAUGGCUUUAUCCCAGUAUAUCUAUGGCUACGAAUACCUGGGUGCAUGUCCAAGAUUAGUGAUAACUCCACUGACAGAUCGUUGCUACCUCUGCCUUAUGGGAGCUUUACAACUUGACCUGGGUGGAGCCCCUGCUGGGCCUGCUGGAACUGGUAAAACAGAGACUACAAAAGACCUUGCAAAAGCAUUGGCCAUUCAGUGUGUUGUGUUCAACUGCUCAGAUGGCUUGGACUACAAGAUGAUGGGACGUUUCUUCAGUGGUUUGGCUCAGUCUGGAGCAUGGUGCUGUUUUGAUGAAUUUAAUCGAAUUGAUAUUGAAGUUCUAUCAGUGAUUGCUCAGCAGCUAAUUACUAUUAGGAAUGCUAAAGCUGCAAAGCUCUUUCGAUUUACGUUUGAGGGUCGUGAAAUAAAGCUGGUCAUGACAUGUGCAGCAUUCAUAACCAUGAAUCCUGGCUAUGCUGGACGAACAGAAUUACCUGACAAUUUAAAAUCUCUCUUCAGACCAUUUGCCAUGAUGGUUCCAAACUAUGCCUUAAUUGCUGAGGUGAUUUUAUAUUCAGAAGGAUUUGAAUCUAGUAAAGUUCUUGCAAGGAAGAUGACUCAAAUGUACAAACUUUGUAGCGAGCAACUGUCUCAACAGGACCACUAUGACUUUGGAAUGAGAGCUGUUAAAUCUGUAUUAGUCAUGGCUGGGUCAUUAAAAAGAGAAAAUCCAGAUCUGAAUGAGGAUGUUGUAUUAAUAAGGGCUUUACGAGAUUCCAACCUACCAAAAUUUCUUGCAGAUGAUGCUCUUCUUUUCAGUGGAAUUAUUUCUGAUCUUUUCCCGGGAGUUAUAAUCCCAGACCAUGACUAUGGAAUCCUACAAUCAACAAUUAUAGAUGUCAUGCUUUCACAAGGAUUGCAACCGGAAGACAGCAUGGUUCAUAAAGUCAUACAGCUCUAUGAAACCAUGCUAGUAAGGCAUGGUGUUAUGCUUGUUGGGCCAACAGGAGGUGGAAAAACUACAGUUUAUCAAGUUCUGGCACAAUCCUUAGGAGAAUUGCAUGAGGCUGGGGAGCAAAACCCAUUUUACCAGCCUGUCAAAACAUAUAUUUUGAACCCCAAAUCGAUUACAAUGGGGGAAUUGUAUGGCGAAGUUAAUAACUUAACUUUGGAGUGGAAAGAUGGAUUGAUGGCACUUAGUGUUCGGGCGGCUGUAAAUGACACUUCGGAAGAUCACAAGUGGAUCAUUAGUGAUGGGCCAGUCGAUGCAUUAUGGAUUGAAAAUAUGAACACUGUCUUGGAUGAUAACAAGAUGCUGUGCUUGGCCAACAGUGAAAGAAUCAAACUUACACCCUUCAUCCAUAUGAUGUUUGAGGUACAGGAUCUAAAAGUUGCCUCCCCUGCAACCGUUAGCCGAUGUGGAAUGGUAUACAUUGACCCAGAGGAACUGAAGUGGAUACCGUAUGUAAAGACUUGGAUAGCAACUCUUGCAAAUAAAUUAAAUGAAGACACAAAAGAGUAUUUGUUUAAUCUAUUUUGUCGGUAUGUUGAAGAUACUCUAAAAUUCGUCAAUAAAAAGUGCUCACAAGCUAUUCCACAAGUGGAUAUCAGCAAAGUUUCUACCCUGUGUUGUUUACUGGAGUCUCUGCUACUUGGAAAAGGAGGUCCUGAUCUUAAAAUGGAGCAAUUAAAAUUAAAUACUAUAGUCUGCCAGACUUUUGCUUUCUGCUUAUUGUGGUCACUGGGUGGAAAUUUAACUGAAAACAACUGGGAUGCUUUUGAUACAUUUUUAAGACAACAGUUUGAGGAUAAUCCUGAUGCCAAGCUUCCAAGCUCUGGUGAUUUGUGGAGUGUAUACAUGGAUUUUGAUAGCAAGCGACUUGAUCCCUGGGAGAGGAUUACACCGACUUUCAAAUAUAGCAGACAAGUACCAUUUUUUGAAAUGCUUGUUCCAACUACAGAUACAGUGCGUUAUGGCUACCUACUGGAAAAACUGUUAGCUGUCAGACAUUCUGUACUCUUCACAGGGAUCACUGGUGUGGGCAAGUCUGUAGUUGCAAGGGGACUACUCAACCGAAUACAAGAAGAAGCAGGCUAUGUGCCCAUUUACCUAAACUUCUCCGCUCAGACAUCAUCUGCAAGAACACAAGAGAUUAUUGAGUCCAAAUUAGAAAAGAAAAGGAAAAAUAUUUUAGGUGCACCAGGAAACAAACGAGUUAUUAUUUUUGUGGAUGACCUAAACAUGCCUAAAUUGGAUCGUUAUGGGUCUCAGCCUCCUAUUGAGCUCCUUCGUCAGUACCUGGACUUUGGGGGGUUCUACGACAGAGAGAAACUAUUUUGGAAAGAAAUACAGGACGUAACAAUUGCAUCAGCCUGUGCACCUCCUGGCGGUGGUCGUAAUCCUGUAACACCACGGUUCAUAAGACAUUUCGCCAUGCUGUGCCUUCCAACGCCCUCAGAGCAUAGUCUCAAACAAAUUUUUCAGGCGAUCUUAAAGGGCUUUUUGGCAGAUUUCUCUCAAGCAGUAAAGCAGAAUGCAACAAACAUAGUGGAUGCUGCUGUUGAAAUCUAUCAGAGAAUGAGCAUUGAUCUUCUCCCAACACCGGCUAAAUCCCAUUAUGUAUUUAAUUUACGUGACUUGUCAAAGUGUGUGCAAGGCAUUCUUCAGUGUGAUCCUGGCUCAGUCAGAGACCAAAUGCAAGUCUUCAGACUCUUUUCUCAUGAAUGUCAAAGAAUCUUCCAUGACCGCCUCAUUAACAGUGAAGACAAACAGUACUUUCAUUCCAUGCUAUCUGAAAUGGCCAGCAAACAUUUUGGAAUCCCAGUUGACCCAGAUUACUUUUUAAAUAAACCAAUCAUAUUUGGGGACUUUCUUAAAUUUGGGGCAGAUAAAGCCGAUCGGAUAUAUGAAGAUCUGACUGACAUGGAAAAGAUUGUACCAGUUUUGCAAGACUAUCUGGAUGAUUACAAUAUAACAAAUGCUAAGGAGAUAAAACUGGUGUUCUUCCAGGAUGCCAUAGAGCAUGUUUCAAGAAUUGCUCGAAUGAUUCGUCAGGAAAGGGGAAAUGCUCUGCUUGUUGGAGUUGGAGGUACAGGCAAGCAAUCUUUGACCAGACUUGCAUCUCACAUUUGUGGAUACACAUGCUUUCAAAUAGAGCUCAGCCGUGGUUAUAGCUAUGAAAGUUUCCAUGAAGAUCUGAGGAAGUUGUAUAAAAUGGCAGGAGUAGAAGACAAAGAUAUGGUUUUCCUCUUCACAGACACACAGAUUGUUGUGGAGGAGUUCUUGGAAGAUGUAAAUAAUAUUCUAAAUUCUGGUGAAGUGCCUAAUCUGUUUGAAAAAGAUGAGUUGGAGCAAGUACUGGCAGCUACAAGACCCAAAGCCAAAGAAGUAGGAAUACCAGAGGGGAACAGAGAUGAGGUGUUUCAAUUCUUUAUUAAUCGAGUUCGUCAGAAGCUGCAUAUUGUUCUCUGUAUGAGUCCCGUAGGAGAGGCUUUUAGAGCACGAUGUAGGAUGUUUCCAUCCCUUGUGAAUUGCUGCACCAUUGACUGGUUUGUGCAGUGGCCCAAAGAAGCACUUCUUUCCGUGUCAAAGACAUUUUUCCGAAAUGUUGAUCUUGGAAGUUAUGAGAUGAAAGAGAAGCUAUCAGUAAUGUGUGUAGAUAUUCACAUGAGUGUAACUGAAAUGGCAGAUCAAUAUUAUGCUGAGCUGCGGCGACGGUAUUAUACUACACCCACUUCAUAUCUAGAAUUGAUCAAUCUCUACCUGACAAUGCUGACAGAAAAAAGGAAGCAGUUGGUUUCAGCUCGGGAUCGUGUGAAGAAUGGUUUAUCCAAGCUAUUGGAAACAAAUGAGCUUGUAGAUAAAAUGAAAUUGGAUCUCUCAGCUCUAGAGCCAGUCCUGAAGGAGAAAUCUGUGGAUGUCGAGGCUUUGAUGGAAAAAUUAGCAGUGGAUCAAGAAAAUGCUGAUCAGGUUCGUCGUAUUGUUCAAGAAGAUGAAGCUGUUGCAAAAGUGAAAGCAGAAGAGACUCAGGCAAUAGCUGAUGAUGCUCAGCGAGAUCUGGAUGAAGCCCUGCCAGCUUUAGAGGCUGCAAACAAAGCUCUCGACUCCUUGGAUAAAGCAGAUAUCUCUGAAAUUAGAGUUUUUACCAAGCCACCAGAUCUUGUCAUGACUGUAAUGGAAUCAAUCUGCAUUCUUCUGAAUGCAAAGCCUGACUGGGCAACAGCUAAACAGCUCCUUGGAGACUCCAACUUCCUUAAAAAACUUCUUGAAUAUGAUAAAGAAAAUAUAAAGCCACAAAUAUUGUUAAAGCUUCAGAAAUAUAUAAAUAACCCAGAUUUUGUGCCUGAAAAAGUAGAGAAGGUGUCAAAGGCGUGUCGGUCGAUGUGUAUGUGGGUGAGGGCUAUGGAUUUAUAUUCACGAGUUGUGAAAGAAGUUGAGCCAAAAAGACAAAAGUUUAAUGCUGCACAGGCUGAGCUUGAUGCUACAAUGGCUACCCUUCAAGAGAAACAGAGAAAAUUAAGACAGGUGGAAGAGCAGAUACAGGCUCUGCAAGACCAAUAUGAAAAGAGUGUUGAAGAAAAAGAGAACCUUGCAAGGACCAUGGCACUUACCCAAGCUCGCCUCACUCGAGCGGGAAGGCUUACAGCUGCACUGGGAGAUGAAGAAGUUCGAUGGGAGGAGAGCAUCAAGAACUUUGAAGAUGAGAUUUCAAAUAUCAUAGGGAAUGUAUUCAUAGCAGCUGCCUGUGUUGCCUAUUACGGUGCUUUUACAGCACAGUACAGGCAACUGCUGAUUGAAUGUUGGAUCAAGAAGUGUCAGAAUCUAGAGCUUCCCAUCAGUCCUGACUUCAGCCUCAUAAACAUACUGGGAGAUCCCUAUGAGAUUCGCCAGUGGAAUACUGAUGGGUUACCACGUGACUAUGUGUCCACUGAGAAUGGGAUUCUUGUGACUAGGGGGCGACGGUGGCCACUGAUGAUUGACCCCCAAGACCAAGCAAAUCGAUGGAUAAGAAAUAAAGAAGCAAAAAGUGGCUUAAAGAUAAUCAAACUUACUGAUGCUGGUUUCCUGCGUACACUUGAGAAUGCUAUUCGUUUGGGUUUGCCCGUUCUUCUAGAAGAGCUCAAGGAAACCUUGGACCCUGCUCUGGAGCCUGUUCUUUUGAAGCAGACCUUUGUUUCUGGUGGAAGAAUGCUCAUUCGCCUUGGAGAUUCUGACAUUGAUUACGAUAAAAACUUUAGGUUCUACAUGAUAACGAAAUUACCAAAUCCACACUACCUUCCAGAGGUGUGCAUCAAGGUCACUAUAAUCAAUUUCACUGUAACCAGAUCUGGCCUUGAGGAUCAGCUGUUAAGUGAUGUUGUGCGACUGGAGAAACCUGAUCUUGAGAAUCAAAGAACACAGCUCAUUGUACGGAUCAAUUCUGAUAAAAAUCAACUGAAAGCCAUUGAAGACAAAAUUCUGAAAAUGUUGUUUACUUCUCAGGGAAACAUAUUGGACAAUGAAGAACUCAUCAACACACUGCAGGAAUCAAAGGUUACCUCUGGUGCCAUUAAAACAAGACUGAAAGAAGCAGAAACAACCGAGGAGAAGAUAAAUGCAGCACGUGAAAAAUACCGCCCUGUUGCCACUCGUGGAUCUGUCAUGUACUUUGUAAUUGCCAGCUUGUCAGAGAUAGAUCCUAUGUAUCAGUUUUCCUUAAAAUAUUUUAAACAGUUAUUUAAUACAACCAUCGAGACAUCUGAAAAGAAUGAUAAUCUGCAGCAGCGCCUAGCAAUACUGCUCAGUCAGACUCUGUAUGCAACUUACAUUAAUGUAUCUCGGGGCCUUUUUGCGGAACACAAACUCAUCUACAGCUUUAUGCUGUGUAUUGAAAUCAUGCGACAGAGAGAAGAACUUACAGAUGCAGAAUGGAAUUUUUUCCUCCGCGGAGCUGCUGGCUUAGACAAGGAACUGCCAUCUAAGCCUAAUGUUCCCUGGCUUGAAGACACCAUGUGGUAUAUGUGCUGUGACUUAGAGGAAAUGCUCCCAUGUUUUAAAGGCCUUCAGAAGGAAAUAGUUUCCACGCACAUUUUUAUUAAAAUAGGGUGUCUUGAUGUUCACAUUAACCCAGAAGCUUGGGAAGGCUAUGAUUCUGAGCUUUCAUAUCAUUCAGGCCAAGUUGAAGAAGAAAAAAAGGAAGGCUUAACAAAAGGUCCCUGGGACACAAGGCUGAGCAUAUUUCAGAAACUAAUUAUUGUGAAAUGUUUUAUGGAAGAAAAGGUUGUCUCUGCACUGACUGAGUUUGUAAUAGAAAAUCUUGGAAAACAAUUCAUAGAGAAUCCCCCAGUUGACCUGGGAACUCUUUAUCAAGACAUGUCCUCUUCCACUCCUCUAGUAUUUAUCUUAAGCACAGGCUCUGAUCCCAUGGGAGCUUUUCAGAGGUUUGCAAAAGAGCGAGGAUAUUCAGAACGACUGGAGUCAAUCUCACUAGGGCAAGGCCAAGGACCUAUUGCAGCAAAGAUGAUAAAGGAUGCACUGAAAACAGGAAAUUGGGUAUUUCUGCAAAACUGUCAUCUAGCAGUUUCAUGGAUGUUAGCUAUGGAAGAACUUAUUAAAAGUUUUACAGAGCCAAAUGUAUCUAUUCAUGAGGAUUUUCGACUCUAUUUAAGUUCCAUGCCUAGUGAAACUUUUCCAGUCACAGUCCUCCAGAAUUCUGUCAAGGUAACCAAUGAGCCUCCAAAGGGACUUCGUGCAAAUAUCAGGCGAGCAUUUACAGAAAUGACGGCUACAUUUUUUGAGGAAAAUAUCCUUGGCAAAAAAUGGAGAAAAAUUAUUUUUGGCAUUUGCUUCUUCCAUGCUAUUAUCCAGGAGAGGAAAAAAUUUGGACCUCUUGGCUGGAACAUCUGCUAUGAAUUCAAUGACAGUGACAGAGAAUGUGCCUUGCUGAACCUAAACCUUUACUGUCAAGAAGGAAAAAUACCAUGGGAUGCCCUGACUUACAUAACAGGUGAAAUUACUUAUGGAGGGCGAGUUACAGACACCUGGGACCAGAGAUGUCUACACACAAUCUUAAAGCGGUUUUUUGCCCUUGAAACAUUAGAAGAUGAUUACAAAUACUCAGAAUCAGGUGUAUAUUUUGCACCUGCAGCUGAUAGCUUGCAAGAUUUUAAAGAAUACAUUGAAAAUCUUCCUUUGAUUGACGACCCAGAAAUAUUUGGAAUGCAUGAAAAUGCUAAUUUAGUUUUCCAGCGUAAAGAGACUAACACUUUGAUUACAACAAUACUUGAGGUUCAGCCGAGAUCAACUACACAAGGGUCGGGAAAAAGCAAUGAUGAAAUUGUUCAAGAGCUUGCUAGCACCAUUCUGACAAAGCUGUCACGAAAGCUGGACAUGGAAGCUGCUUCAGAGAGCCUUUUCAUCAAAGAUGACCAAGGCCGUCUGGACUCUUUAACAACUGUGCUUGGGCAAGAAGUGGAUCGGUUCAACAAUCUGCUUAUGCUAUUGAGAGUCUCUUUAAACACUCUCAACAAAGCUAUUGCUGGUUUUGUGGUGAUGUCAGAAGAGAUGGAGAAAGUAUACAACAGUUUUCUCAACAACCAAGUUCCCACACUUUGGGCCAAUGCAGCAUACCCCUCACUGAAGACAUUAGGAGGAUGGGUAAAGGACCUUGUCCUAAGGAUAGCCUUUGUAGACUCAUGGCUCAGCAUGGGUCAGCCGAAGUCUUUCUGGAUCUCUGGUUUCUUUUUUCCUCAAGGAUUUCUGACAGGAACUCUUCAGAAUCAUGCUCGGAAAUACAAUUUGCCAAUAGAUGAGCUCAGUUUCAGCUACAAUGUUAUCCCUGUUUAUCGAGACCAAGCACACGUUACAGAAGCAUUAAAAAUGAGCCAAUUCGGGCAAGAAUUACCUAUGGAUAUGGAGUUACCCUCUCCUGAAGAUGGUGUAUUGGUUCAUGGGAUGUUCAUGGAUGCUAGUCGCUGGGAUGAUGAAGAGAUGGUUAUAGAGGAUGCUUUGCCUAGGCAAAUGAAUCCUAUGUUGCCAGUGGUGCAUUUUGAACCCCAACGAAAUUAUGAACCAAGUCCGUCUCUGUAUCAGUCACCACUCUAUAAAACUGGAGCCAGAGCAGGAACUCUCUCCACCACAGGUCAUUCUACCAAUUUUGUGGUAACAGUACUAUUACCCUCAAAAAGACCAAGUGACUACUGGAUAUCAAAAGGAGCUGCCUUGCUUUGCCAGCUGAAUGAAUAAGCAGGAUGUGGAUACAACACAGGAGGGGAUUUGUAUAUAUUGCAUUCAGUGUAUACCCAAAACCCAUUUUAGUAUUAUGACAGCCCUAAACCAAAGACAUAAGUAAGGACUGGACUCUUGACAAUAUAAUAGAAUGAAAUACCAAUCUAUUCAUUGUCUUUUCUGUUUGUCUUAGACUUUAUGAAAUAAAAUAUAGCUUGAUGUUAGUUUUUCAUUGCUGUUUAGGCCAGUACUUAUCCUCUAACUUCUCCUAUGAUUUGUGUACCUCUGCUUUAACUAAAAAUACUGUUCUAUGAUAUUUUUGUGUUUCAUAUAAAGAAACACAUUUUGCAUCAGGAUGGUAGGUUAUUGUGACCAUUGUGGUUUACUUUCACCUUUUAUGCUUUGUUUCACUGGAGAUUGCUGAUGACAACACACAUCUUCAA